AUGGGGACAGCCUCCAAAUCUGUAAGAUUUAGAAGCGACCUCGAAGCCGCGGAUCCAUCGCCAAACCUCACAUCGACGAAAGAGAAAGGAUCGACUAAACCAAUUCAAGAAAUCCAAAACAAGAAGCUUUCGAGAGUGUUCUCGGAGGACUUCGAGAGCUUGAGGAAGAAGAUAUUAGAUCCCCGAGGCCUUAUCGUUAGCCGAUGGAACAAAUGCUUUCUACUUGCAUGCCUUGCCUCCCUCUUCAUCGAUCCCCUCUUCUUUUUCUUGCCGAGCAUCGAGGAUGAGGGAUGCAUGCAAGCAAGCGAAUCCCUCAAGAUCGCGCUCACUAUAAUCCGUUCCGUCAUAGACGCGCUUUAUAUGACCAAUAUCUUCGUCCAAUUUAGAACCGCUUAUGUCGCCCCGUCUUCGCGCAUAGUCGGGAGAGGCGAGCUGGUUAUCGACCCCCAAAAGAUCGCUUCGAGAUAUCUCCAAAAGGGCUUUUGGAUCGACUUGUUGUCGGCAUUGCCCCUUCCCCAGGUGUUGAUAUGGGCGGCGAUACCGAGCAUGAGAGGCACGAACGUGAUAAGCGCGAAGCACGGCCUCCGGAUCACCAUCAUAUUCCAGUUUGUUCUUCGGCUGUGUCUCAUUUUCCCGCUCUCGUCUAAGAUAAUCCGAACCGUCGGGGUUGUGAUCGAAGCUGCCUGGGCCGGCGCCGUGUUCAAUCUAAUGCUGUUCAUGCUUGCAAGUCAUGUGAUUGGAUCGUGCUGGUAUCUUCUGUCGGUGGAAAGGCAAGAGAAGUGCUGGAGAGAUUUGUGCGACAGUCAGCCUGAUUGCUAUUACUUCUACUUCGAUUGCGACUCGAAAAGCCAUCCUGGAAGAUCGGUGUGGUUCUUGUCGAGCAAUGUUUCGGUAUUGUGUGGCGGGAAAAACAGUUUCUAUGAUUUUGGAAUAUAUGAAGAUGUGUUGAGCAAUGGCGUGGCUAAGGCUGGGUUCAUUAGCAAGUACUUUUACUGCCUCUGGUGGGGACUCAGAAAUCUCAGUUCGAUUGGGCAGAAUUUGACAACGACGACGUACAUUGGGGAAAUUAAUUUUGCGAUAAUUAUAGCGAUUCUAGGAUUGGUGCUCUUCGCGUUGUUGAUCGGGAAUAUGCAGACGUACCUUCAAGCUUCGACGGCGCGGUUGGAGGAAUGGAGAGUUCGGAGAACGGAUAUGGAGAAAUGGAUGCGCCACCGGCAGCUUCCGAGGGAGAUGAGGGAGAGAGUGCGGCGAUACGACUUGUACCGUUGGGUCACCGCCAGAGGAGUCGACGAGGAAGCUAUUCUCAGAGAACUUCCGUUGGAUCUCCGUCGUGACAUCAAGCACCAUCUCUGCCUCGAUCUCGUUCGCAGAGUUCCGUUGUUCGACGAAAUGGACGGAAGCACUCUGGACGCGAUCUGCGAGCGGCUGAAGCCGGUGCUCUGCACGGCGGCGACGUGCGUCGUCCGAGAAGGAGAUCCGGUGACCGAGAUGCUGUUCAUCCUCCGAGGCCGUCUCGAUUCCUCCACCACCAACGGCGGUCAGAUCGGAUUCUUCAACUCCUGCGUUCUCAGCUCCGGCGACUUCUGCGGCGACGAGCUUCUAAGCUGGGCUUUAUAUCCCCGCCCCAGCGGCCUCCUCCCUUCCUCCACCAGAACGGUAAUCGCCAUUACAGAGGUUGAGGCUUUUGCCCUAAUUUCCGCCGACGUUAAAUUUGUGGCGUCUCAGUUUCGGAAGCUGCACAGCAAGCAAUUGAAGCAUAAAUUUAGGUUUCACUCGCAUCAAUGGCGGACGUGGGCGGCGUGUUUCAUUCAGGCGGCGUGGUUCCGGUACAAGAGGAGGAAGACGGCGGCGGCGUCGGCGCUCGAGGAUGAGGAGGCGGAGCCGCCGGAGUUGGCGAAGGGGCGGUGUUCGACGUCUUUGCCGCCGAUGGCGUCGGGACUGGCUAUUUAUGACGCGCAGUUGGCGUUCAGCACAGGAAGGGCCGGGAGCUUGAGGACCAGGUCGCAGAAGGAGAAGGAGCUGAUAAAUUUGUUACAGAAGCCUCUGGAGCCUGAUUUUUCAUUGGACGAUUAAUUAAUUAAUUGCAUGUUAAUGUAAAUAAAUAAUGAGAAAUGGUAAUUAAUUGAAUAUGGGCCCAGGCCCAUUUUAUUUGGGCCAAAGCCCAAAAUACAUGACAAA